UCAGAGGCCACCUUAAAAUUCUGCCUGUUACCUUCUUGCCCUGAGGGCCCAGUGACCUUGUACAGGUGACACAAGCCCCCUUGUGUCUGCACCUCUUCCUUCAGCUGUCAAGUGGGCCGGGCGAGAGGCUUCGACAGUUAAAUAAUGCGGCAUAGUAAGUGUCUCUGCAGUGCUUGGCAAGGGUUUUUUAGUCCUUCCCUUGUUUGAGCCAGUUUUAUUUGAAAUCUCUCUUGUCUGAUUCUCAUACAACAAAAUUGUUAAGGGCCAUCUUUGUCCGGAGUACCUGUCACUCUGAAAAAUUGUCAUGGUUCACAAUUUUCCUUUGCAGAAGAAUAUGAAGAAGCGAGGGGGGACAGCAUGCUGUCGUCAAAACCUUUCAGGCUUUUUCUUCUUCCCCACCCCGAGUCCCUUCAGCUGCCGUCUCUGGGAGCACCAAGGGUGGGGGGAGGGCUCUCCGCCUGUGUCCUCAAGCACGUGGUGGCUCUGGUGGCAGCAGCUGGCCCCUGCCACUCAGCGGGAGGCCAGCCUUCAGGGGAAGGGGCCUCCUGGUCUGCCGACUGCUCACCGCCUCUCCCCUGUCCCUCCGUCCCUCCGUGCCCCUCAGGAGAUCCCCUGCGAGCUCACGCUGGAUGCCCUGCUGGAGAUGAACGAGGCCAAGGUCAAGGACACGCUGCGGCGCUGCGGGGCCAGCGCCGAGGAGUGCGGCCGCCUGCAGUACGCCCUCACCUGCCUGCGGAAGGUGCCGGGCCUGGGAGGGGAGCACAAAGAGGACUCGGGCUGGAGCAUGUCCGACGCUCGGCGGGAAAGCGGCUCGGGGCCCCCCACGGACACCCUCCCUCCGGCCGGCCUGGCCUGGCCCCCGGGCAGCGCCGCGCUGGGCAGAGUGGGCAACGGCGCCCAGGGCCCGCGCUCCGUCUCCGUGUCGGCUCUGCCCGCCUCGGACUUGCCGGCCCCUGGCCUCAGCGAGGGCCUCUCGGACACCUGUGUCCCCCUGCACGCCAGCGGCCGGCUCACGCCCCGCGCCCUGCACAGCUUCCUCACCCCGCCCACCACGCCGCAGCUGCGCCGGCACGCCAAGCUGAGGCCGCCGCGGACGCCCCCGCCGCCCAGCCGCAAGGUCUUCCAGCUGCUGCCCAGCUUCCCCACGCUCACCAGGAGCAAGUCCCACGAGUCCCAGCUGGGGAACCGCAUCGACGACGUCGCCCCGGGGAGGUUUGAUCUCCUGCACGGAUCCCCACAGAUGGUACGAAGGGACAUCGGGCUCUCGGUGACACACAGGUUCUCCACGAAGUCCUGGCUGUCGCAAGUCUGCCACGUGUGCCAGAAAAGCAUGAUGUUUGGAGUGAAGUGCAAGCAUUGCAGGUUGAAGUGUCACAACAAGUGUACAAAAGAAGCCCCCGCCUGCAGAAUAUCCUUCCUUCCACUAACAAGGCUUCGGAGGACGGAGUCAGUCCCGUCGGACAUCAACAACCCGGUGGACAGAGCGGCAGAGCCCCAUUUCGGAACCCUCCCCAAAGCGCUGACAAAGAAGGAGCACCCUCCGGCCAUGAACCACCUGGACUCCAGCAGCAACCCAUCCUCCACCACCUCCUCCACGCCUUCCUCGCCAGCGCCCUUCCCGACGUCGUCCAACCCCUCCAGUGCUACCACGCCGCCCAACCCCUCGCCUGGCCAGCGGGACAGCAGGUUCAACUUCCCAGGUACCACAUCUCGGCUUUUCUGGGUUCUCAGGGGAGCCACCAGAUCCCCCUUCUCAGCAGACCCUGGCAGGUUCAAGGUCAAACACCACUACCACAAAGAGCUGAUGCUUAUGGAGCACUUGCCAAGCACCUCGAGCACGGUAGCACUGAGGGUGAUGCUGUCAUUGUACCCAUUUUGCAGACAGGAACACUGAGGUUCAGAGAGCAGGAGUGGCUUGCCCUGCGUUGUAUUGCUCAGAAGUAGCACAGCAAGGACCAAACCUGAGACCAUAUGAUGUAACAUAACCCCCACGCUGCCCUCCCGUGCACAGGUGGCUCCUCUGGAGCAUGGCUCACUCACUCAGGGCGGGCAUCUGAGCUCCCAGGAGGUGUGGCAGGCAGCACAGUGAGCCAGGAGGCCUAGCAGAGGGGCCCUGCUGCCUACCUGCUCUGUGAUCUGGGUAAGCCACUUCAAGGAGACCCUUGGUUCAUUUUCCAUAAAAUAAGGAGCCCAUGCGAAGCUGGGCUUAGGUCGUCCCCGUGGUGUGGCUGAGGACACUGCGUCCCACGGAAGAGCAGAGCAAGAGGCCCAAGCCGGAGCUGACUCCAGCUCCCCCCCGCAGCCCCGCUGCCCAGGGCUCCGUGGGGAGAGGUCAGGACCUCAGCCCCUCCUGGCCAGGCCCGGCGGGGCCGCCUCUCCCAGGAGCAGAGCCAAGCCCACUUGCCCCUUUUGGGGCUCAGCUGCCACCGUGGCCUCCCCAGCAGCUCCUCGAGGCUGGACUCAGCCUUCAGCUUCUGCAGUUUGCAGGCCUGGAGGAAGGAGGACGGCAGUGACGCUCAGCUCCGGGCCGCCACAGGCUGUCCCCGGCCCGUGGAGUCCAGGUCAGGCCCCUGCCACUGGCCCCUGGGGCUCCAGGCCCUGGAGGACAGAGGUGCGGCUCUAACCAUGCCAGGGGAGCACAGCUGGGGCCACGCAGAGCCAGCAGGAGGCCGGGCCUUGGGCCGCCUCACCAGGGUUCUGGGGGGACUGCUCUUAGGGGUGGCGGGACACCAGGUUUUGUAGGAAUCUUUUCUUCUCUUGUGCCUGUCCCUUCACCUCCAUAUGCACGUGGCUGGGAAUCCUGUGACAUUAACACCUGUCCUGAGCACGCCCUCCCCUCCCGCAGGUGAGCGAUGGCCCAUUUGAUUAACCUGCCCUCCCAUUCUGCUCCGUCCUUAUUACGCUCCGAAACUGCCUUUGCUAACCUCCUACUUUGGGUUUUUCUAAAAGGAAGGGCCUGUUUGAAAAACAACAGCCACAGAAAAGGGCCUUUUUGUGAUGUCAGCCAGACCUUCUCCGCUUUCCCCGAUGUCUCUGGACUGGGCCCUCAUUGUCCCUAUACAGAGGCCUCCCCCUCUCCAAGAUCUUAUCUCUCUGGCCCUGGCAGCACUAAUUGGGCCAAGCCCUCAGGGCUGGGCUGCCCGGUACUCUAUCUGGGAAGGAACUCCUGUCGUCCCCUGCUCUGUGCCGCACGCACGACAGCAUGGCACUUGGUCUUCAGGGUUAAACCUGGGAAAAGGUUAGGGUCACAGCACUUCCUAAGGGGGUUACCUGCUGAGAAAUGCGC